GGGACCAUAUGAGAGACCAAUGUAGUGAACUUCAACAGAAAAGUACAUUAUUCUAUUCUGUCAAUACUUGCAGUGAUAGUAAAGGCUGUGUUAUCAGUGAAAGUGAGUCUUGCGAUGAAAGCCCAAUAGGUUCGAGUGUCUAUGAUGGUUAUUUGUCCGAUUCUGUUAACUAUAACUGUAGUAACUAUAACUGUGAUAGAAAUAUGUCUAAUCUUUUUGUUAAGGGGGAGAUGUCAUCCACUUUCGGAAAUCAAGAAAAAAAAACUUCAUUUUCGAACUUAAAUAAUAAUGUCGACGAAAAUUGUGUUAAGAGGACGACGUCGCCUACUUCUAAUAAUAGAGAAGUAUAUAAUUCAUUUUCAAACAAUACUGAUAAUGUUAAAGAAAAUUUUGUUAGGAGGCCCCUAUUAAAUAUUGAAUAGUAGCUUUAGUAGAUUCUGCAGCUAAAGGCUGUAUUGCGGGACACUCACUACAUACUCUCCUUCGGUCAAAAGGAUAUCCCCUGCGUCGUGUGUCGCGUAGUGUUAAACUCGCUGAUGGUGAAACCAAGGUUAUGGACUUGCUCACUACUAACUUAGAGGUCACACUCGUAAAUAGGAAAUUUUCAGUGGAAUUCCUUAUUUUUCCCGACGCCUCCGACAACGAGUCCUUACUGGGAAUAGAUUUUCUUGAAAAAGCAAAUCACGUGUUCGACUUCGGUUGUUCUAUGUGGUAUUUUUCUGACGAUAAAUGUAGAAAAUUUCAACUGUCAUUUGAACCUGUCACUCGUCGGCCUACCUACGCUUCAUUGGAUCUUCUGAGAGAAGAUGAAGGUUGUGGUCUUAGUGAUGAUAAGCGUUCAUUACUUUCACAGCUGUUAACAACCUACGAGGAUGUGUUUGCUGAAAAUGGUGCACCAACGGAUUUCGCAGAGCACGCAAUCAACACAGGCGACCAUGCACCCAUAGCUGUCCCACCGUACCGUCUUACUCCUGCUCGUCGUCAAACCAUGCAAGAGGAGAUUGACAAGAUGUUAGCUGGAGAUAUAAUAGAGGACUGUGAGUCAGCAUGGGCAGCACCAGCGCUACUAGUACCAAAACGGAACGGCGGUUUACGUUUUUGCGUCGAUUUUCGAAAUUUAAACAUAUUAAAUAGACAACAUGAAGAAAGGACUAAUACUACAAUAAACAAUGACUUUGUUGAGAAUGAGUGUACCACUCCAACAAUAAACGACACUGUGCCAGUUGUAAACGUGUCAGACAUGCAGCAGCAGCAGCAGCGAUCUGAUGACAAUAUUACCCAAAUUCUGCAAGCCAAUCAAACAUUGCUUCUCAAUGUGCUACAAGUCUGUACCUCAUCUCUAGAAAAUCAAGCUGUACUAGCAGAAAAAGUGGACGCCUUAUCGGAUAAUCUAAAUAAAAGUGGCAGCCGUGGUAAAGAAAUCAAAGUGGCUUUGAAAGGCUAA